AUGGAUGAAAAGGAUGAAGCGAAAGAACUACCGGUCGUUCCCAAAUGCUGUCCAAGUGGUCAGAAUCUCACCAUCGUGAUGGAGGAAAGUGGAAACCAUAAGACAGUUUGUGCUCGAUCUACCCUGACGUUUCAACCAGUAUUCCAUCAAGCCAACGAAACCCACAUCUUCAGUUAUGACAGCAAUGUGUACGAGACCAUCGUUGGCAGCCCCUGUCGAUACGAUAAGUAUAAAAUGGAUCCUGAUCAAAAUAGUAAAGACGAGUUCUAUCUCUUAGUCAACGGUUCGCUUUUCAUUCCGUACGCUAAGCCCUUUCUGCUGGGGACUCGGGACUACUGCAUGGAGACAUUCUGGAACGAAUCGGUCCCAGCUGGUAUUACGUUACCAGUUGUGUGCUUUACUACUCCGCCGGAAGAGACUAAAACGUCGGCGACGCUUAUUGUUUAUGCAACAGGUUUACUUAUAUCAGUGCCGUUUUUGCUAGCGACGGCAUGUGUUUAUUUAUUUAUUACGGAGCUCCGCGACACUCAUGGCAAAGCACUUGCCUGCCACACUCUGUGUUUGGCCGUAGCCUUCACGUGUUUAGCCACUACACAACUAGCGGGACACGCCUUUCCUGUUGUGGCGUGCACUGUUAUGGCGUAUCUCAUCCAGUUUUCAUUCGUAUCCUGCUUUUUUUGGAUGAACGUGAUUUGUUUCGAUAUAUUUUUAAAUGUUCGGAGGUACAUAAACUCGCCAGUGUCAAGACGCAGUAUGCGACGAAGGUUUGCGUGGUAUUGCGUGUACGCAAUUUUAUUGCCCAUACUUUUGCUAGUGAUCACCAUUACCAUGGAGCUAUCGCCAGCGGUGCCUAGCACAUUUUUAAAGCCUAAUUUUGGUGUUAAGGGGUGCUGGUUUAAAACGGAUCAAGCGGCUUUACCAUAUUUCUACGGGCCGGUGGCACUGAUCCUUUGCAGCAACCUUGUCAUAUUUAUUCUCACCUCAAGAGCCUUUGCCGUGCACUACAGUAAGCUAAAAGAUGUCACCCCAUUAGAUCUGAUGCAUUCAGACUUCAGUACGUCCGACGACUGGGUGCGCCUGAGUACAGUGCUGGGUCAACCGGUACCUGUAUCAGAGCAGACAUCGUCGCCCCCUAGGGACGAACCUGUUAAAGUCAAUCCAAGGCUAAAGAAGUAUAAGAAGCUAUUUCGUAUGUGUUGUCUCCUAUCCGUCAUUAUGGGUCUUUCCUGGGUGCUUGAAGUAGUGUCAUGGGCAGUUGGAGCUGGUGAUUCAGCAGUCUCAGUAUGGUCAGUGUUUGACCUGAUCAACGCGCUGCAAGGAGUCUUCAUUUUCGCCAUAUUUGUUUGUCAACAACCCGUCCGUUCUCUUGUUAAGUCCUCACACAUGUUCUCUACGUGUAAAAGAAAAACCAAUGGAUCGGAAGUGUCUGUUGUGAGCGACAGAAAUGUUAUUUUACGGGCUGGUAGAAGAGACUAUGUUUAG